AAAAAAAUCAAAGCACUUGACGCUUCUGAGCAGGUGUGUCAUUGCCAGACGGUCCCUGACUGAGGUGGGAGUUUCUCUUGUUUGGUGUUGGAUAAAAAAAAACAACCCAGCAGUAUCUUCAUCAUCAUCUUCAGCAGCAGCAGCAGCAGCAGACGCCAGCGAUCAGGAGUGAGCUCUCCGAGGUAUGGUCGAGUGCUAAUGGCGCAGCCGCCGUUUGCGACGAGAGCACUCCCUGUGGAGGGGAGCGCCGUGGAGCUCAGUGUUCUCGGCUUCCUGGAAUCCUUAAAGGAAGACAACAGCACGGCCGAGAUAUGCUAUCACUCCCAUUCCCGCAGCAGCGUCCUGCAGGGCCUGCCGUUUGGAGGGGUGCCCACAGUUCUCACCAUCAACGUGUUGCUCUGGAUGUUGUUCUUGCUCGUCUUCUCCUGUCUGAGGAAGGCUGCCUGGGACUACGGCCGUCUGGCCCUGCUCAUGGAGAAUGACAGUCUCACGUCCCUCUUCUAUGGAGAACCCAGUGAGAAAGAGAAGUCUCCGUCAGAGUCCAGCCCGUCUGACUCCGAGACCAAGGACAUGGGCUUCUGCUCGUGGCUCUCAUCACUCUACCAUAUGAAGGAUGAGGAGAUCCGCAGCAAAUGUGGCAUCGACGCUGUCACGUACCUGUCCUUCCAGCGCCACAUCAUCCUGCUCAUGACUGUCGUGUGCUUGCUGUCUUUGGCUGUGAUCCUGCCCGUCAACCUUUCCGGGAACCUCCUGGGCGAUAAUCCAGAGAACUUUGGACGGACAACGCUGGCUAACGUCGGCGCUAAGGACAACUUUCUGUGGCUCCACAGCGUCUUUGCUCUGGUUUACUUCGUCCUCACGCUGCUGUGCAUGGCUCACCACUCGAUACGGCUGGAGUACAGGGAGGAUGAGAAGGUGGCAAGGACGCUGAUGAUCACCUGCAUACCCAGAGAGAUCUCCGACCCAGGACUGAUCACCAAACAUUUACACGAGGCGUACCCCAGCUGUACGGUCACCGACCUCCGUUUCUGCUUCGACGUGCACAAGCUGAUGAGGUUGGACCUCGAGAGGCGUAAAGCGAUGAAAGGCAGACUCUACUUUGCCACGAAGGCCCAGAAAGAGGGGAAGAUCAUGAUCAAGACCCAUCCGUGUGCGCAGAUCUUCUGCUGUGACGUUUGUGGCUUCGAAAAGGUGGACGCAGAGCAGUACUACAGUGAACUGGAAGAAAAGUGGACCGACGAGUUCAACGCGGAGAAAAACCGCAUCUCCAUGAGGAGGCUGGGCAUCGCCUUUGUGACUUUCCGCGACGAGAGGAUGACCGCCGUGAUCGUGAAGGACUUCAGUCGCGUGCACUGCCGACGCAGACCCCAGCAGUCCAGCAUCACCACGGUGGUGCAGUCUCACAAAUGGGGGGUCAGCUAUGCACCUGCUCCCAGUGACAUCAUCUGGGAAAACCUGUCCGUGUGUGGAUCUCGCUGGUGGCUCCGCUGUGUCCUCCUCAACAUCCUCCUCUUCCUGCUGCUCUUCUUCCUCACCACGCCCGCCAUCAUUGUCAACACCAUGGACAAGUUCAACGUCACCAAGCCCGUAGAGAGCCUGCGGAGCCCUGUCAUUACCCAGUUCUUCCCAACCCUCCUGCUGUGGGCGUUUUCAGUUCUCCUGCCCUUCAUCGUCUACUACUCGGCCUUCUUUGAGUCCCACUGGACCAGAUCUGGUGAGAACCAAGUCACGAUGCACAAGUGCUUUUUACUGCUGGUCUUCAUGGUCAUCAUACUGCCCUCCCUUGGUCUGUCCAGCCUCGACCUUUUCUUCACCUGGCUCUUCGAUGUCCACUUCCUGGACGAGAGGGACAUCAAGUUCCAGUGCGUGUUCCUCCCCGACAACGGCGCGUUCUUCGUCAAUUACGUGAUCACGUCCAGCCUGAUCGGCACGUCCAUGGAGCUGCUCCGCGUCCCGGCGCUGACGGUCUACGCCCUGCGGCUCUGCUUCGCCAAGUCGCAGGCGGAGCGGAUUCACGUCAAGCGGAGUCAGGCCUAUGAGUUCCAGUUUGGCCUGGAGUACGCCUGGACCAUGUGUAUCUGCGCAGUCACUAUGACCUACAGCAUCACGUGUCCCAUCAUCACUCCCUUCGGUCUGCUCUAUGUGAUCCUGAAGCACAUGGUCGACCGUUACAACAUCUAUUAUGCAUACGUUCCCACCAAACUCAACCAGCGGAUCCACAGAGCAGCCAUCAGCCAGGUCAUCAUGGCUCCUCUUCUCUGCAUGUUCUGGCUACUCUUCUUUUCCGUGCUCAAAUUAGGUCCUUUGCACCCCAUCACCCUCUUCACCUCUGUGUCCCUGCUCUCCUGUAUCGUCUUCUCCCUCUUCCGCUUGUGCCUUAGGAAGCGACCAGACAAGUCAUCGAGCUACCAGAUGUCUGAUCAGCCAGUGGAGGGUGCAUUCACUGAUGCAGACAGAAGUACUGUAACGUCCACCACUGCCUCCAAUCUGUUUGUGGCGUCUGUGCUACUGGAGCCAGAGCUGGCUUUGACUCCGAUGCCCUCCCCGGCUCACCAUAGCUACGGCGCGAUUGCCAGCCCCCAGGAUUCGAGCCACAACCCAGUGGAGGAAGAGGAGUGUGAGGAAGACCAUGCCCGGACCCAUGAGACUGAGCUCCAAGACCCACCAGACCUGUGCUGCUCUAGUCCACUCAUGGACACUCCUGUAGGCUACCAGUAACACCAGAAUUACUCAAGCUGAUUUCCAUGUGUUCCCUCACCCAGGAAAACACAAAACAUAGACCUCAGACUCUAAUUUAGCUGCCUCAGAUGCUGAGAUUAACCUGGGCUUGUCAGAUAUGGUGGCGAACAUAAAAGGAAGGAAUGGAGCUUAAGAAUACAGGAGCAGGAUCCAAAUUAACAUCACCUCUCUUAAUAUGUCAAAUGGACAUGAACCGCCCAUCAAUCAUUAUCAAAGAACUUUAACAUACAGAUCAUUUUAGUUGACUUUGUGGAUGCUGAGUCGCUGAGAUUCCACCCUUGUCUAUGGCUUUAUUUGCAAGUAAAAAGGUUAAAAUGCCUCCGUCAGAGAUACUGUGUUCAUGCCGUGCCACUUGGACAUGAGUGGAAGUGAAAGUGUUUAUCAGAGUGGGUGGUGUGAACAGGCUUGCCCCGACAGACUGACAUGAGUGAUAUCUGGUUCCUUGGUAGCGGAGCUUGGGGGAGGGUGAGGGUGAGGGCAGCUCUAUGCGAAGCCAUCUGCAGCGAGAGAGCAGACAGACGGAGGGCCCGGUCUAAGUCAGAGAUGUACUGUAAUAAAUGUACGCUCUCUCCAUGGAGGCACAAGCAGCUUGUCUGCACCCGAAGCUUGUCGUAACUUUUAUCGAUUGCUAUUUUUGCUACAGUAUUUUUGGUGUAAUUGAUAUCGUGCUUUGGGUUUGAAGCAGCCGCCACUUGAUGUUUGGCCAAGGAUUUCCAGAGUUGUCCAAUAUAAUCGGUGUAUUCCUGUGUAUGUGAUACAAUUGUUGGUUUAUUUAUUCAUUUAUUUAGAAUUAAUUGUUGUUUU